UGUCCAGGAUGCUAAAAUUAGGGUUUCGAGACUGCGGUGGGGGCGACAUCGGCGUCGCGGGGGGAUUUGCACCAAGUGGUGAGGAUUCAGAGGCGAUGGCUUUCCCUCGGGGCUUUCAAGGGGCUCUGCACCAGCUGCCUGCCUCAACCUCCCGAUGCGCCUGCGUCUGUUUCGGCUUCCGUAGCGACAGCUGAAGAGCUUGGUGGUGUGUUGGUGUGCAGUGUUGCGUUGAGGAGGAAUUGAUUUCCUUGCUGCAACGGCAACGAUGACACCGUGCGACGUUGCGGCGUUGAAGAAAUGCUUGGAGGAGCACAAGGGGGACGGGGAAAAGUGCAAGGAACACAUCGCUGCUUUCAAGACUGCUUGCUCUGCUCCGUCGUCCUCUUCGCCGCAGCGUGCGCAGCCCAAGUCCACGCAUCAGGCCGCAGCUUCUGAUUGUGCCACUUGCGCUCCUCCGGUCUCACAUUAAAGCAAUAGUUGAGCUCAUUGUAUGCCUGCCAGGGCUGGAGGGCGAAGGCUUACUUGGAGAUGAACUUUUGGCUCGUUUGAGGCAUUCAUGAGUCGGGAGAGUUUGUUUUCGGAAAGGAAGUGAAGUCGUGUAUUGUAAUAAAGACCUUUCCCUUUUAAUCAAGUGCAAGAUGGUAAGAAUUAUUAUCAUGCUGGGAACAUGCAAGAUUAGAGGUAAUGCCAAAUUUGUGAGAAAAUUUGUACGUUUACGGCUUCACCUUCCUAGGUUAUAUUGAUUCCAAAAUUGGCAUCAUGACUGAGUACGUUUAGAGUGCCUUAAUCAUCUGUAGCAUGAUAAUGGUUAGUCUGUACAUUCCUUGCCACGUAUGAAAUUUUGGUGUGCGAAAACUCAUGAUUAGCCUUGAGCAGCUGCGUAUGUGUAACGCUUGUGGGUACCGAGGUUGGUUGUCUCAUGGUUGCAUCAGUUUCUACUCUCGUCUGUGGGUGAAGGAGGCACGGUUUGGAGUUUCAAGCCACGAGGAAGAAGUGAUCUCAAAGCAUUGUAAUAUGCCGAUGUCUUCAACUGCAUCUCUGGUGCGUUACUGUAUCACUUAUGUGCAAGGUACACAAGUGAAUUUGUGACUUUUGUUACGUCUAUUUUGAGGGGAAAAAAAAAAAAAAAAUGAAGAAGGAGAAGGCAUGAAAUAUUUCGGUAAUCGGAGCUGAGGAAAAAUCAACUCCUCUGGUCAGAAACUUCUUAUCUCGUGCGCAAGUAAUGCUAGCUGAAGGUUUCAGCGCCAUGGCACAAUUGUAUUCGUUGAGAAGUUACCAGUAACACAGUCCUGUAUUAAAAAUCUAUCGAUGUUUAAUACAAGUUGUCAGUUUAGAUUUUCUAAGUUUUAUGGUAAAAACAUUUCCUCAGUUUCUUUCUUGUCUCUUCUCGUUCCAGCAUCCUUUGAUUGCAGCCUUCGUUUGUAUCAUGUCUCGCUGCUUUUUUUCGAAUGUAAAAAGGUAUCAGUUUCAAGCUUUCCAUCUCAGUCAUUGCUUCACUAAUCGAAGCCUCCUCAUUCUUUGCUGUGCCUUGUCCUCCGACCCAAGCGCAUUCGAGAAUGGGUAUGUAUCCGUGUCGAUGGUACUUGAAUUACAGCUGCUGAAGGACGUUACGGGACUAAGCGCAAUUCACCACAACGUCAAUAUUUGGAUUCUCUUCUCAACAUCUACUUGAAGCCUUACCUAUAAAAGCGACUCAACUGGUAUAUGUCUCUCAUCCUCAUCAUUCAGUCCCACUGCUCAAUGCUCUAUUACAUUCCGACUUCAGUCUUCCUCAGUCCAGUUUCUUGCCGCUGAAGUUCGUAGGAGACACCUGAGUCCCUGAGUGCCAUCUCCGACUCUGCAAGUAUGAAUGUCUCAAGCAAUGGUACCUUCCAGAGGGAAGGAAAACUGGUGUUUGCAGCUCUGGUGCUAGCUGUGAUAUCUCUGAUGUGUGCCCCAGUGAGAGCCUCUAGAUUCAUGGUAUCCUUUGCAUCUGCACCUGCUAAUAGUUCUGCACCACCGUUUGCACCUCCUCCAUUGUCUUUGGCAGUAAAUCCAGCUGCAUUGCCUCUCUUCGACUCUCCCCCUCCCUCCUCGUCACCGUCACCCUCAGAUUCAGAUAACUCAAAGCUUCCCAAUGAAAGGAGAUUGCCCAGCAGUGAUUCAGCACCAGCAAAAUGUGUUGAUCCCUUCUCUGGGGCACCAAUGCCUAGUGCACCAUCUGAUGCGAUUCCGCUUGUUCCUUACGGUGGGUAUACUCCCGUCGGUGCGCCAUAUGCUUAUAGUGAACCCGGAGUGCCGGCUCUUGCGCCUGCACCCUCGCACGGCUCUGGAGCUGAUGCCUCUUACAACAACCAGCCAGCACCGCAACCGGAAUCUGGUGAUGACGGCUCUAUGGCGCAUACCACUAUGUACAAUCAAUGCACGUAUACGAUCAUUACAAGUACUGGGAAUAUCGAAGGAGCUGGUACACAAGCCGAUGUGAACGUUGAGUUCUUCGACAAAUACGGUGAUUCUGUUCUCUUUGUAGGUCUUAAGAGCCAGAACCGCAACUUCAACCGCGGAGCGACAGACACAUUCACUGUUGUGGGUAAUUGCGUCCAAAAUAUAUGCCGUAUGCACUUAUCUCAUGACGACUCAGGCCCCCAUCCGGGCUGGUUCGUGAACACCGUCACAGUUUCCCUACUGUAUCAGACUCAAGUUUUCAAUGUGUUCGAGUGGCUGGCCAAGGAUGAGCCUCCUUACUCCCUCUCUCGAACCGUGAGUUCUUGCCCAGCGUGAGACGAGACAUGCAGCUUUCAUGCAACACUUCCUGAGACGAUGGAUCGGACUACGUUAUGCCGCAUCACGAAUUAAAUAGCGAGAAUAAGUGGUCUGCCUAGUUGAAAUGUUUUUUCAGUAGAAAAGUUUUGUCAAUCAAUAUCACCUCAAAAAUGUAUGCAAUAAAGAUAAGACUUGAUUCUCCGUUCGCCAGUUA